CGAUCUUGGCUUUAAGAAUGCGCCCAACCUCAAUCGACAUCUUUACAUUCGAGUUCUUGUUCAAUUGAGCCUUCGUCUCUCUCGCUAUUGUCUAGGAAGAUGACAACUAUAACUGCCGACGGCUACCAGUAUUCCCCCAAGUCUGGGCUGGUGUUUGGAUUGCCGACGAAAGCAUGUGUUUCGCCCCCGGCACGCAACAACAAGUCGGACAAGCUUUACGAUGUGAUCGUUGUUGGCGCUGGGUACACUGGCCUUAUUGCGUGUAGAGAGUUGGCCUUACGAGGUCAUAAUGUUUUACUCAUCGAGGCACGCGAUCGGAUCGGAGGUCGAACUUUCAGUGCUGAAUUCGAUGGCCAACAUUGGGAUAUCGGUGGCACCUGGGUGCACUGGACUAUGCCUUUUGUUUUCAACGAGAUAACUCGCUAUGGCCUGGUGGAACAACUCCAGAUGAGGAAGAUGGUCAAUGACUCGAAGCCCUACCUUACCCUCAGGCUUGAAGAUGGUCGUCUCAUCAAUCUGUCGCCAGAGGAAGAUACUCGCACAAGGGCAAAGGCCCUGACAACCUUUUUUAACGUUGAUGGCGCGCAGGGCCACCUCGUUAUGCCGAAUCCUCACCGCCACGAUUUUAACAAGCAGGCAUUUUACCAGUUCAGUCGGUUGUCUGUCAAAGAACGUAUGGACCAGGUAAGGUCCGAGCUAACGGACGUCGAAAUGGCGUAUUUAGCAGCAACAUGUAUCAACUGGUGCGGGAUGGAUUUGGCCAAAGCGUCCUUCUUCGACUGUAUGCGUUGGUGGUCCCUUGCUGGCUAUCAUCCCGACGGGAUCACCCACUGCGCUUACAGCUACAAGCUUGAGUGUGGUCAGACCGGGUUGGCCCGUGCAAUCUUCGCGGACGUUUGUUCUUUUCCUAACGUUGCCUACACCUUUAAAAAUCCCAUCUCCAAGAUAUCGCGCGCGAACGGCAUGGUCAAGGUACACACGCUGAGCCAUGAGUGCUACAGCGCGAAGCAAUUGAUCUGCACCAUUCCCUGGGCCGUGCUUGACACCAUCUCGUUUGAGCCUGCCCUGCCAGCCAGCAUGCAGACUUGUAUUGCCAAUGUAAAUAUGGGCAAUUCCACGAAGAUUUACGCCGAGGUAGCGGGUCAGGAGUGGGAUGCUUGGAGCUACCUGGCACCACCGGGAAACCCGCAAAGAUCGCUCGGAUUUGCUGCAUCCGUGGGAAGUACUCCCAGCGGGAACUCCAGGAUGGUUUUGUUCGGCCUUAGGGAUGAGCUGAACAGAGAAUUGUUUCCCGACGAAGACCCCGAAGAAACAAUGGCUGCUCUCAAGAGGACUAACCCAGAGCUGGACGUACAAAGACUGGUCUGGCACAACUGGACCAAGGACCAAUAUGCGAAAGGUGUCUGGGUCAUGUUCCGUACUGCCGAGGCUGAGAAGAGACUACCAAUUCUUCGCGAGUCCGUUGGCCCCAUCCAUUUCGCCAAUGCCGAUUGGGCCCACGGGUGGAGAGGGUAUAUUGAUGGGGCUGUCGAGCAGGGAAUUGAUGCUUCUGGGAAGGUUCGGAAGCUGCUCGGAGCCGACACUGGGAUACUUAGGGCGUCUAUGUGAGUAGCAGAUAUUGCAAUACAAUAUCUACUAAGUGCUAUUAUCCAUUGCUUGGAAUCAGACUCGGAAUUACUGCUCGCAGCAUCCUAUUGGUAGUAGUAAUCUUACAAUCUUUUUCGCACGAUGUACACAAGAUUGCUGACGAAAAAGUGCUCCCUUCGCUCCGGAGGAUAAACCCUGUCCCUGUCAUGGACUUCCGUGACCAUGAUAGGAUAUCCG